AUCGGCUUUUCUUGCAGCGAUUUUAACGAUUGUCAUUUUUUUUAAGUUUAUAUUUGUAGAUGUCAACGAAAGAUCAUUUUCAUUUUUCUCGUUAUAUUUGCGGCUUGUAUAAGGAUGUCCGAAUUGGAAGAAAAGUUAAGUAAUUCUAGUGUUAUCGUAGUGAAUAAAUUCAAAUAUUAUUUGUCGACAUCAAAUAAAUCUACAGCUUAUUGUGCUAUGAGAAGAAAAAAAUGCAAGGCAAAAGUAAAUCUCGAAGAUGGGAAAUGGCAAUGCGGACAGGAAAUACAUAACCACGAUGCUCCUGAAAAUGACUACGAGAUUCAAAAGAAGGCAGAAGAAGAGAUAUUACGAAUAUGCAAAACAUCAAGCGAGAGUUUUAAAACAAUUUUCGAUCAAGUUUGCGAAAGUGAAAAAGUCACCCUAUCUUUCAAUGGAUUAAGGCCUCGAAUGAUGAAAGCUAGGAUGGAAAAAUUUGAGACAGUUAAAACAAGCACUCAAUUCUUUCAAGCGCUGAAAUCUUCGGACACACACUGCAAGUCAAUUGCUCCAGGAGUCGAAAUUUUAAAGCUUUCAUCGAUCAAAAGCGAUGUUGAAACUUUAUACAUCGACGAUUCUUUUCAAUUGGAAUUCGAAAAGUUUGACGUAAAGUUCAUUAACUUUAUUAUUGAAGAUGCAGGAAAAGGUUUCAUAGUAUUUUGUGCAGUAAUCAUAUCACUGAGUGCGGCUAUUAUAAGAGAAAUAUUGAAAGAAAUUCUAUCAAUGCCAUUUAUGCAAAAUGUGAAGACAAUUGUGGGCCCUCACGAUUUGGACUUUAAAAGAAAUUGCCAAGAAAUGUCGUUAAACGUUUUUUACAAGCCUGGAUGGUAUCAUUUUCGACAGAUCAUGAAAGAGACUUUCAUCGAGAAUGAAUUUAAUUCGGACUCUGAUGAAAUUUUAACGGCAAGUUAUGUCAUUCCAUUAGUUCCAACCCAAAAUCUUUUUGAUGCUCAAGGAGAGUUUAUUAGCUGUACCGAAAAAUCGAAUGCGUACAGUAAAUUCUCUAACGACGUCAUAAAAAUAGUUUCUAAAAUUGGAUCUGAAAUAUGUAUUGUUUCUGACAAUGUGGUUACACACAAUAAUAUUUUUGAAAUCGCUGGAAAACAAUUUGAUUUAGUAAAAAAGAGCAAGUCUCCAGGACAAUUAAUCGAAACUCUUAACGACUUGAUGACGGAGCGACAAAAAACAAAAGUUAUAUCAGAAUUUUCUAAAAUAAUUGAAGAUACUAUUCACAAAUUACAGAACGUUCCGAGAUUGACCGUAAAAGCAGCAUUUAAACUUAUGCACGAUCAAGUUAAGAAAAGUUUUAAAUACACAAAACUACCACCGAUGGUCAAACUUCGAAAGUUUAACUUUGAAUUGACAUCUGAAGACAACAACGGAGUAGAGUCUUGUGAAAAACGUAUGGACGAAUUAAAUGAACAAGAACUUGAUGUAGAGUUGACGGAAGUUUUAAUAUUUACACCAGAAUCCAAUGCCACAAGUGAUCUUCUGGACGAAGGGUAUAACUUUUCCUCGGAUGCAGGCAUGGAGAAUUUGCUUAGUGAAUUACUUAGCACAGAAUUUAAUCAGGUUUCAAAGCAGAUGCAUCAACAAAAGGAUGAAAAUCAGUUAAAUAAUCUGAAUGAUGAAAUACUAAAAAAUAAUCAUGAAGACUUAGCAAAAAGUGAAUUUAUCAUUAAGAUUGAUCAGAUGAGUCAAACUGAAUCGCUGAUUGUUGAAAAUGAUGGAAAUAACUGUAAAGAAAUGAAGGAUCAAGCACCGCAAACCGAAAGUCUAUUAAUUACAGUAGAUAAAGGGACUCAAACUGAGGAUAUUGUUGACAUGGGUAGUAGACAGGAUCUACAUAGACAGAAUUUUCGAGGGCCACAUCCCUACUACAGAUUCCACCCAUAUCCACAAAUUCCACAUCCACAACAAGCAGGAGAUUGGACAGCUCCGAUUAUGCCCCUUGCAUCUACUAGCUACAGACCGAACGUCACAGAGCCGUUUGUCAGACCACCAGGAUAUGGAAUUCAGGGUUCAGGGACCAUAGCACCAGAAUAUGGAUUUCAAGGUCCACAGUUUGACUUGCAGUGGGGAUUUCAAGCUCCACAGUUUGACCGGCAGUGGGGAAAUGAAAACAAUGCACCAUUCAAAAGACAGAGAAAACCAACUGCCCGAUCUUACAAUCACAAAAUGAGAAAUUACUACAACAAGCAAUAUUAA